AUGAGUUAGACUGAAAUGGAUAGCGAAAGUGUUGUAAUCAAUUUAGAUGUCGAUGAUAUUGUGGCGAGCAACGAGGGGCCAGAACUGAAAAGUUUUCGCAGCAAUUAUGGGGAUGAGUCAAAGAAUUCGAAGGUGUCACGCGAUCAUGAGUCCAAUUCCACACCUGUGCAGAUGUUGCGCCGUGCCAGCGAGACUGUCACCCAGCACAUACUGAGUGAUCUGGAGCCCGAGACCCAACAUCUGCUCGACGGAGCUCUGGCUGGGCAGGGAGAUAAUGUCCCAAAGCGACCGCAGGCUCCGCCUCGAUCGUACACGGCUAACAAGAGAAACCUUUCGAAUAACAUUGCUACAGUCAGGCGCGGCAAGCAGCAGCCAAGCAGGAUGACACAAUGCGACGAUGCGAAGAGUGCGGCUGACUGUUCCGCUCAGCCAUCACAUACUAAAUUAGACAUACAGAAUUUCUCCGAGGAGGAGCAGGACCAUAAUGGCUCGUCUGAAAUCGUUGGCGGCCGCGAUGGAGCCGAGACGCAGCCACAAAAUGCAGCAACAAUAAUUUUAACGCCGACAUCAUUAAAUUUAACAAACCCGCCGCCGAAUGCAGCACACAACAAUAGCCGGCCGAAUGCAGCAGACACUGACACCAAUGGCCGGGGUUAUUCAGCGCACGGCGAGCACUACAAAGGACCCAAGUGGUGGCGGCAUUUAGUCUUACACUGGAGUCUCGUCUCGGAACAUGUCGCGCUGUUCGCCAUUUUUCUGGGCCUCUGGACAUUGGCCAUGGCAAUAUUGCCCAGCUAUGCGGCUCCAAGUACGACCAUCAUGCGCAUUAUAUUACUGUUUGUGGGUGCACAAAUAACUGGCAUACUGGUGACCUUCAUUCAUCUGCCCGACAUGCUGGGCAUGCUCUUCUUCGGUGUACUCUACACUAAUGUGGGCUUUGCCAACUUCGAGGGCUACGAACGCUUCGAAUUGUUUUUAAGAGAAUUAGCUUUGAUAAAUAUUAUGCUGUUGGCUGGCCUGGGGCUGGAUGCUGGCGCUUUUCGUCGAUUGUGGCUAAUGAUACUGCGACUGACGUUACUGCCAACAAUAGCUGAGGUGGCCAUAAUAGCCGUGCUGGCCUACUUCACACUCUCCAUGCCCUGGCUGUGGGGCCUAGCCCUGGGGCUGGUCAUCACGGCCGUCUCGCCGAAUGUGGUUGUCACAGUCAUGCUGAAGCUGAAGGAGGAUCGAUUGGGCCUGAACAGCGGCAUUCACACACUCAUCUAUGCAAUGACCACGUGCAACGAUGUCGUGGCCAUUUUCCUGUUCGGCGCCGUUAUCAGCAUGAUAUUCUCAACAAACCCGCUGCUGCAGAAACUAUUGCAAGGACCCAUUGGUAUUGGAAUUGGACUUGUUUUCGGCUAUCUAUAUGGCAUGCUGCUACACUAUUUGCCAUCGCGAAAUGCGGUCUAUGCGAACGGACUGCGCUUUGUCCUGACUGUGCUGGGCGGCACAAUAGCCGUGAUGGGCAGUCGAGCCAUUGGCUAUACAUCGGCUGGUCCUCUCGGCUGUGUUAUGCUGGCCUGCAUAGCGGGCGUCGGCUGGAAGCGGGAGGUGCUCAAGAUGACGCCACAGCAGCWGCAGGCGUAUGAAAUCGCAAGUGUGCCGAAGCGUCUGGAUGUGCUGUGGAAAUUCCUGAAGCCCGUCUCAUUUGCGCUCAUUGGCAAGGAGAUCAAUUUCGCUGUGCUCGAAGGACGCGUCAUUGGCUACGGAGUGCUGAUUGUAUUGCUCGGCAGUUUGGCACGCUUGGCUUUUGCAUAUUUAUCUACAUAUGGCGGAAAUCUGUCGAGCAGGGAGCGUGCCUAUAUUACAAUUUCCGGUUUCCCCAAAGCAACUGUCCAAGCUGCCUUGGGCCCCGUCGCCCUGGAUUUGGCUCGCUCGUUCGACGGCACAAUUGACAUGUCCCUGCCCAAUAACGUGCUCAUCAUUUCGGUGCUGGCGAUUAUAUUCACAGCGCCAUUGGGCGCCAUUCUGAUGCUGCGCCUGGCGCCGUUCUGGCUGAAGCGCGGCGAUCCCGUGGAUACGGCUGAGUCACCUGUAACGCCAAACGAACCAAAGUCACUAAAUAAUCUCAAUGUAGCCAACUCUGAGAAACUCUGAGCGAAAGCAACUGGACAUUUCCCUAGUG